AUGACGCCUAACAAAUCACAACGUAGCAGAGGAGUCAUUGCCUCUUUUCUGAUCAAAGAAGAGCCACCAGAUGCUCAAAUCCAACCCCACCUGAAUCACAAUGGUGAUCUUGCCCGAGGUUAUAUAAUUUCGAGGUCAAAACCUUUUCAAGAGGGAGAGUAUGAUGAGGACAUCAAGUCAUCAUCAACUAAGGUGCAAGGAAUCAUGAGACAUGGAGAGGAGAGUGAUGAGGACAUCAAGACCAUAAAUGAAGAGGAGAUGACCAAACCAGCAGGUUCAGUCAACAUUACACCCAAACCGAACCAACAAAGAGAAUAUUGGACCAAACCAAGUUAUGGAGCUUACAAAGGAGGUCCAAAAUCGGUUGUUAAUGAGGAAAUACGUGAACCUGACUUUUCAUCAGCUGAAGCCAUGACUUGGAGACCAUCUAGGAGCAUCAGAGGGUUCCUUUUUAACCGAGGAAGUCACAUUCAUUCCAACAAGUUGAAGUCACGAAACAGGAAGUUAAAUCUACACUUUCCUUAUUUACGAGCGUGCACACUUAUGUUCUGA